GUGAAAAGAAUAUUCAAUUGCCGACUGCUCAAUGUUAAUGCAAGAAAAAUUCUUGAAAUUCUAAUCGACUAUUGAACGCUUACAGGUAAUAAGAAUAUUUUGAUAGAUUACGCCUAAAAAUGUAUCAUAUGAAGACAAUAGUCCCAACCGAUGAACGAAUAGAGCUUCCAAAAUGCAUGUAUCGGGUUAGAAAUAUAAUGGAAGUAAAUAACAUAAACGACACCGAAAUUAAUAUAUGCGAGCAGGUUACCAAGUUUCUUAAGAAAUCUCAUAGUCCAGUGAUGGAGCUGGAAGAGAGGCAAGAUAAGUUACUUCUUAAACUUGAUAAACUAUAUGAAAGGAUUAAAGAUAUCAGCUUGCUUUGUAAAUCUACACCAACACUUAAACAAAAAUCUGUUAACAGAAGUGUUGAACAGAAAUUAGAUAAGGAACUAGUCCUAGUACUUGACCCUGAAGUACUACCAUGGUUCCUAAUUGUGUUUGUCAAAGGGACUAAAGCAAUAAAUAUGGCAUGGCACAUUCAUUCUAAUGUAGACAAGAAAAAUAUCGCUAAAAUAAAUAGUUUCAUCAAGAAAAACCAACAACUUUCCAAUCAAAGAGACUCUAAAACAAAUGUAAGGCUGAUAUUUAAGAAAGUUGCAUCAGCUGCGGAACUCAUAGUGUCUUCCUUAGAAAUUCCAAUAAUUGGUUCAGUGAAUAUUAUGAGAUACUUAUGUUUAAAUUUUGCUCAUAUUGUGCCCUAUGAUUAUACAGACCAUAAUGUAGAGGGUCUUCUUGAUCUAGCUUUUCUUCUAGAAAGAGCUCCAGAAAAAAGCAAAGAAAAAAUACUCAACCAAAUAUUUUCUCAAUCUAAAAACUGGAUCUAUAAAAAUGAAUUCUCCAUUAUUGAUUUAGCAGUCUAUAAUGCUGUUAAACAAUCACAAAGUCUUGUACGAGCUCUACCUAAACAGUGGUAUGAUAGUUGUGAAAAAAUAUGUAAUAUUUAAAAUUAAAAAUAAUAAAUUAUAAUAAUG